UAAAGGUGCUUUGUGCCGCUCUGACUGUAAUUUGACUGCCGCCCUCAGAGUCCCAGUCAGUUGACUCUUUUUGUGUCUUUGAGCGAAGUUCUCCUGAACACGGUAACCUAUAGGCAACUUAAUAUGUCCAUCAGUCGGAAGAACUGGUCGGCUCUGUCCAGCCUAGCGCGCCAGUGGACGGUGGAGGAUGAGGAGGAGGUGGAGAGGGAGAACAGAAGGAGGGUGAAGAGCUUGAGCGUCACCAGUGACUUAGACGCUGAAGACAGCCAAACGCCCAGAGACACAAAACCCACUGAGAGCGCCUCUGGGAAAGACGCCCCAAGUGACCUCAGCAGUGUGGAGCAGAUUCAGCUGGAUUUUGUGGAGAUGCUGCGUGUCCGCGAUGAAAAGCGGAGACUGAGGCACGUGGAGGCGCUGAGACGACAGAAGGAGGUUGGGGAGGAUGAAGCGGCGGCCUGCAGUGGAGGAGCCAGGGUGGAGCUACUGGGGGACUUGGAUGAGGAAGAGUUUCCCCCCAUAAAAGCCACUAAACCAGAACCACCACUCAAAUCCACAUCUCACAGUCCGGUGAAUGGCGGCAGCAGCACCAACACCACAAACAGACAACAAGAAAGUGGGAAGUCGUCAGGCCAAGCCCAUGAUCCCAAGCCAGCGUCCAACCCGACACGCAAGUUUGUCAGCUCUGUUUCCAUCUCACUCGACAAAAGUCCCUCAGCCAGCGGCUGCACAUCUCCCAUGAGCCCUCGCUCCCCGACGCCCUCGUCAUCCUCUCGAGAACACUGGCCGUCACCUUGCCAGAGUCCCUCUCCUCCGGGUGCUCAGAGUCCUGUACAUAAUGGACACACACAGGAGACCAGUGUGAAUGGCUCUCCCAGCAGCAGCAACUUUGAACAGACUCCAAAACCUGCGUUCGUCAGACAGAGCUCCAGGACUAUAUCUUUCAGGAUGAUGAGGAAGAAAGAAGAGGACAGUUCGCCCCUGCAGAGGAGCGCGAGUGUGAGGAUGGCCUCCAAGAAGUUUGAAUCCAACACAGACCAAAAUCAAGACGAAGACAAAGCGUCAUCCUUCCAGAGAAACUCUCGACAGAGGAUUUCAUCCAGGUCCAUCCAGGAGAAGAUGGAGAGACUGGCUCAGGCUGCACAGAAGUCUGAAGUUCUUCGCGCUCCAGACGUGACCCAGAGGACCCUGUUCCUGCUGGACGAGGUGUCCAGGAAGAGAGGUCUCUUUGAGAAGGAACAGCAAGCGGCGUGCCCCACCAGCCCAGGAAUUUCCAGACAGGAAUUUAGAAGCUUCACGUCAGGAAUGUCUGAUCGCAUUAACCGCUGGCUUAACAAGACCGGCCCAACUGGGUCUGCACUCAGUCCUACUGACUUGAGACAUGUGGACAUCAGCAGCAAAAGGAGCAUGUUUGAGAGCAGAGAGGAGGACAGUGUUUUCAAAACCAGCCCAGGAAAAAUCUCCAAGUGAAGGACGGCCAAUUUAUAAACCCUACAGUGAUUUCCUGCACUCCCCUCCCAUCUGCAGGAUUUUAAAAAAAUAACAAGAGGACAUGAAGAGAACUGGAAGAUGACUGACUAAUGUUUUUUUUCACGCUUUUUUUUGGCACUGUCAAAACACAUUGAAGGAAGAGAUAAUGCAAAACGUAGAAAUAAAGUGAGGUGAGUUUUGGCUUAUGUGCACUGAUAAGAAUGCUACUCAAAUUUAGGAGUCUUCAAUCACAUAUCUUUGCAUUGCUUCUCUCUUCUUAGAAUAAAAGAGUGCUGUUUCAAACACUGAUAUACUGUUUAAUUUGUUUGGAAAGGAGUUUUAAAAAAAACAAGUUAGUGACAAACAUAUUUACUUUUCAGCUGUUUGCCUCUGUGUAAUUUCGCAAAGCACUUUAAAAAGGCGUAGGCUAAUGGUUCAGGUUUUUUAUGGAAUUUUUAAAUGUGGGAAUCCUGGAGUUAUAAAUGUAUGUAGUUUUUUUCCAAUCUGCCAUAAUAUAUAUUUUGUGCUUUGUCAUAAUGGUCAAGUCACAGCCUGUCUAAAGAAUUAAAUGUUUCAUUGCCACAAA